AUCGCUACAACGUCGCAUCUUUUAUCCGAGGGGUACAAGACGUAUAAACCGACGUCAAUGUCCCGUCUGAACAUACGAGCCUCUUGAGCAACACCGCAUAAGCGAUCGCGCGCAUCAUCAUCAUGUCACCAAAGACUUACCGAAAUCCGAUCAUUCCCGGGUUCAAUCCCGAUCCUUCCAUCGUCAGGGUAGGAAAGGAUUAUUUCGUGGCGACCUCGACGUUCGAGUACUUUCCCGGCGUACCGAUUUACCAUUCAGUCGAUCUUGUCAACUGGACCUUGAUCGGCCACGCGCUGUCGAGGCCUUCGCAACUAGACAUGAGGACUACCGAGCCGUCAGGUGGGAUUUUCGCUCCUACCCUACGAUACCACGAGAAGCGCAAGCGCUUUUACAUGACGACUUCGGUCGUGCAUAACCUGGCAUGGGGCAGGCCCGACGAACAUGUCGAACCGCGUGGUUUCUACGUCUGGACGGACGAUAUAUUUCAGGAGGCGCGAUGGAGCGAGCCAGUUUAUUUCGAUACUCUGGGAUUCGAUCAGGACCUCUUCUUUGACGAUGAUGGCAAAGUCUACUUGUCGACCACCUUCAAGACUCCCUUCAACGGGGAUCCCUUCGAAUACAUGGCCGUAUAUGCCAGCGAGAUCGAUCUUGAUACCGGACGCAACCUUACGCGACCGGUCCUCUUACGUAGACCUCUACCGGGAGUGAUUUCUGCGGAAGGCUCUCACAUCGUCAAAAAGGAUGGAUGGUAUUACCUUUUCACUGCCGAUAACGGCACUUUCGAUGGCCAUCAGGAGUGGGUGUCUCGCAGCAAGUCUCCAUUAGGACCCUACGCGCCUGGAGACCACAAUCCGAUCGUGUUCAAUGACCAAGAUAUGCACGUCCGGGCGACCGGGCAUAUGGACGUGGUCCAGGACACCGAGGGUGGGUGGUGGGGUGUGAUGCUAGCUGUCCGGCCGCAGACCGGCCCGGAUGGCAAGCUGCGGGGAAGCCAGUUGGGAAGGGAAACCUUCUUAGUGCCCAUCGAGUGGCCCACGGGAGGUUGGCCUGUGCUCAACGACAACAAGCCCGUGUCGACGAAGGGUUUGACAUUGGGACGGUCGAUGGCGGAUCAGCGACUUGAGCGAGAAUGGCGGGACGAUUUUGACAAAGAGACCCUUUCUCUAGGCUGGUAUCACAUCCGCACACCUUUGAAACAAGAUUGGAGCCUUACUCAUCGACCUGGAUGGCUGACUUUGUUCGGUAAUCCCUACACCAUCGACAAGCAAGAAUGUCCGACGGCUCUGUUUCGGAAACAGACUGCAUUCUCUGGCACGUGGAUCACCGAGCUCGACUUUUGUCCUUCACAGCAUGGUGACGAGGCGGGUACCACUGUGUACUAUAGUAUGUACGCAUUCAUGGCGAUAGGCAUCAGAAAGUCGGACCACCCUGAGGUGGGCAGGUAUGUAUUUCUUCGGUGGGUCGAUCCGGACACCAGCGAGCGAAAGGAAAAGCGCCAUGACCUGGACGGGCUAGAAGCUGUACAGUUUCGGAUCGAAGCGAAACCUGAAAGCUACACGUUCUCUUUCAAGGUCGCAAAGGAUGCAUCAUGGACCGAGGUUGGCAUGUUGCCCAUGCGGGUUUUGAUGGAACAAUCGGCACGAGAGUCGGUAUUUACGGGCACACACUUGGGGAUAUACGCUCAAGGAUGGGGGAGCACAUCGUGUUUGCAGCCUGCUUCAUUCAGUUUUGCGAGUUUUACGGAGAAUGACGAGUUGUAA